GUUUUCUUCUCGCGUUCUUUCUUCCUUUCUCUCUCUCUCUCUCUUUCUCUCCUCCCCUCCCCCCGUUCGAUCUAUCGGCAGAGUCACUCGUUCUCGCAUCUUUUUUCUCUCUCCUCCCCUUCGUCCCGUCGUCGUUCUAUUCCGCGUGUGUUUUUCGUACAUGUCAGAUGUGAGAGGUUAUGUGCUUUUUUUUUGACGUUGUUUUCGCCCAUCGAGCCAAGAGAUCCUGAACAACAACGGUGCGCGUUUCCUUCUUCACGGAUUGUGUUUUUCAUCCUUCGUCAAACUAAACUGCCUUCGACGGCUAUACCGUUUUAUGGAGUACUUCUCUGCGCUCGCCACCAUCCACUAUUAUCCUGAAUAUAUCUUCGAGUCGUUACUGAAAACGGCCGAUCAGUUGAAAAUCAAGGGCCUCUGCGAAGUUCCGGAAAGCAGAGAGGGUCCACCCUCGGUCAGCCUGAGCUCACCACCGCCCCGAGAUUCCACGGCAACGAGGCUCAACUACACGAAAUUAAAGAGGCAUCAUCCCCGUUACAAGAGACAAAGAACGUGCUUUGAGCCGCGAGAGACCAGCGCGGAUUCACGUAACUACGACAAGUACAAAGAGGAGGAGGAGCACAACAUCGAAGGCCUCGGCCGUGACAACAACAAAGAGAAUCACAGAGGCGACUGGCAGACGGAGGAUGAGGAGUGCGGAGCGGAUGCAGCAUCAGUAGUCUUGGAAUCCUGUCAACGCGACAGCAACAACGGUAACGGUACAAACAACAAUAACGGUGACAUGUUCUGUCACACAGGUCUAGGUCAUUACGGUCAUCAUCCCGAUCCUGGAGAGGUAGAUUUACCCCCGGAGACACAACCGACACCACCGAGCGCCACACUCGUCGGUACCACGAUAACGCAUCUCCGCGAUACCGAUCAUCACACCACAGAUAUACAGAAUUGCGAUAGCGUCAAAAUAAAGUUCGAAACUCUGCACACGAUGGAUUCGUCCGACACGAUCGAUAUCGACAGCCACAUGUCCGAUCGCGCUAGCGUCAGCUCGAAACAUGCCGCCGACAAUGACAACAUGAUGAUGAUAACACCCGAACUUUUGGGUUUAAUGCCAUCGGGUAGCUCGGUACAUUCGGAUUCGGGUGAAAACAAUUCGCGCGGCGGUGGAUCGGGUUCCCAUCAUCACGGUUCCAAAUCUUGGACUCAAGAAGACAUGGAUGCUGCUCUUGAGGCACUCAGAAAUCACGACAUGAGCCUCACGAAAGCAUCAGCAACAUUUGGAAUACCGUCGACGACGCUGUGGCAAAGAGCUCACAGACUGGGAAUCGACACACCCAAAAAAGAUGGCCCAACGAAAUCGUGGAGCGAUGAGAGUCUGAACAACGCCCUUGAGGCAUUGAGAACGGGGACGAUAUCGGCGAACAAAGCGUCAAAAGCAUUUGGCAUACCGUCCAGUACGCUUUAUAAAAUUGCGCGAAGAGAAGGUAUUAGGCUUGCGGCUCCGUUCAACGCUAGUCCGACGACGUGGUCACCGGCGGAUCUUGACAGAGCACUCGAAGCAAUUAGAUCCGGUCAGACAUCGGUACAGAGAGCCUCGACGGAAUUUGGUAUUCCAACGGGUACAUUGUACGGUAGAUGCAAGAGAGAAGGCAUAGAAUUGAGCCGUAGCAAUCCUACACCUUGGAGCGAGGACGCAAUGACAGAAGCACUCGAGGCGGUCAGAUUGGGUCACAUGAGCAUCAAUCAGGCUGCUAUACAUUACAAUCUACCUUACUCGUCUCUCUACGGGCGCUUCAAGAGGGGAAAGUACGAAGAUCCGGUGGUGAGCGAGAUGUCACAAGACGGCAGCAAUCCUCACUUUCAUUCGCAUCAGAGUCCGCAUCAAAAUCACUCCUCGUCGCUACCCGAUCAAAUGCCUUAUCAGGGCAGCUGAAACUUGCCCCUUUACUAGGCCAGAUCCACUGGACUAGCUCGCAAACCGUUCUCGUUCUUUCGCGAAUUGACGCCCGGGCCGAUGAUAGCGUUUCGGACCCAAUCUCAACUAAAUAACUCGAUAAAACACAUCGAGAGCCACGGAUUUCAAGUACGGGCAUGAGUUUCUCCAUCUCAUGUCCAAUUUCUCAUUUCUUUUUCCUCGAUAUCCUCCUCCUCCUCCUCCUCCUCUCCCACCGCCUUUAUUUCCAAACGAAACCGCGAGUGGACAAAAAUACGAACGGGGAUGAGCGAGCUCGGCGCAAUAACCAUCAACAAAAACAACAAAUGAAGAAGCAUUUUAUAAGUUUUUCCUAUUUGAAAAUCCGGGAUCUGAUCCCGAUAUAAAACGAUGCAUCGUUCAACCGCGGUUGGUGCUCGGAGACUGUCUGGACAUCGCGAUGCAACAACAAACGGUGUAUAUUUACAUACACUUGCAGUAUUAGGAAGGAAUAACUGUGAGAAUGCAACCCCGAGAUGUAUGUAUGUACGUGAAAUGAGGGUGUGCAUUCCUCCCCCCGCGAUUGAGGAUCGCGGCAAGGAGUUAUAAAUUAAUUCUCGUAACGUAAGCAUUAUUUAUAAUCAAAGAUGAGAUGAGAGAGAGAAAAAGAAAUAAUGGGUAAAUGCCAACAAACAACAAACGACAAACGAAAGAAAACAAAGAAACGAGGGAAAAUUUGUACAGUUGGGAAAGAAAUUCACUGGGGACAGUCUUUUCAUAUUUUUAAAGUGGAAUUUUAACGGGUGCCUAUAGGGGGCCAACGGAACGAAUCAAGGAUUUAAAUGCGAGGCAGACAACUUAUUGUUCUUUUCGUUCGUUUUUUUUUUUUUUUUCAAUUUUUUAACGCUCGAGUAAUUUACGCAAAAGCGAGAGACUGUUUCAGAUUUGUGUCGCGAAGGCCCAAAUUCGUAACUUCGUUUAGGUGGUUUCGGGAGAUAAAUAGAUACAGAAGAGAGUGUACAAUGUCAUUUUUUUUUAUUGAAUGUAACGCAGGUGCGAAGGCAAUAUUCGUUGACUCCCGGGGGCAGUAAUCGCGAUACGAUUAUUUUAUUAUAGAAAUCGCGAAAAAAAAAACGAGAUUAAGAGGGGAGACGGAAUUCAUUGCGUCGAUCCCCCGAGUGAAUGAGACAAGACGAUGAAAAUACAUCACACGAAUUUCUUUUUUUUUUUUUUUUAUAAAUAAACGCACUAGUGCAAUGAAAAAAAA